UCUUGGAUCCGCUGGAUGAGAAACUGCUGCCUGUUGGCGUCCGAAGCCCCCCCGCCGCGCGCCCUGCCUCUGCCCACCAUGCCCCCUGCCCAUGCCGACCAGAGCCCGCGGAUUCGGGAAGUUUGGGCUUGCAACCUGGACGAGGAGAUGAAGAAAAUGCGACCCGUUAUCCAGCAGUACAAUUACGUGGCCAUGGACACGGAGUUUCCAGGUGUGGUGGCCAGACCCGUGGGGGAGUUCAGAAGCUAUGCGGACUACCAAUACCAACUCCUGAGAUGCAAUGUGGACUGGCUGAAGAUCAUCCAGCUGGGACUGACGUUUAUGAAUGAGCAAGGAGAGUGCCCUCCAGGAACCUCCACUUGGCAGUUCAAUUUUAAAUUCAAUUUAAAGGAAGACAUGUACGCCCAAGACUCCAUCGAGCUCCUCACCAUGUCUGGGAUCCAGUUCAAGAAGCACGAGGAAGAAGGCAUCGAGGCACAGUAUUUUGCAGAGCUCCUGAUGACAUCGGGAGUGGUGCUGUGUGAAGGGGUCAAAUGGCUAUCCUUCCACAGCGGUUAUGACUUCGGCUACUUCAUCAAGAUCCUCACCAACUCUCCCUUGCCCGAAGAAGCCCACGACUUCUUCGAGAUCCUCCGACUCUUUUUUCCCGUCAUCUAUGACAUCAAGUACCUCAUGAAGAGCUGCAAAACCCUCAGGGGUGGACUGCAGGAAGUGGCCACUCAGCUGGCGCUGGAGCGCAUUGGCUCCCAACACCAGGCGGGGUCCGAUUCCUUGCUCACGGGAAUGGCCUUUUUCAAAAUGAGAGAAAUGUUCUUUGAAGACCACAUUGACGACGCCAAGUAUUCUGGAUACUUGUACGGCCUUGGUUCUGGAGCAUCUCAUGUCCACAAGAACGCCCAGAGCAGCUCCCACAACGGCUUCCAGAACAGCUUCCAGAACGUCCAGUAUGUCCACUAUGGCAGAGAACCAGUAUGGAGAGCAGAUCAGCAAGCAUUCAUGAGCAUUCAAGAGAUGCCGGAGUGUGAGGUCGAGGACCAUCAGUUCUACAACUAUGGAGAGUGAAUCCGCUGAGAUCCGUUUUCCCUGAGGUUGGGGUUUCCUUGAUGUUUGCCUGAUCAUCUGCCAGUUUUACACAGCAUUCCCUUGUUUUGGACCCAUGGAGCAGAGUGCUUUCACUGUGCUGUAAAUUGUUGACUCAGCUAAGCUAACCCAAGAAGGCAAAGAAGAACUUAGUGACUGCUUUUCUUGGUCUUUCAUCUCCUAAGCUCCUCUAGUGUUCUUGGUUUUAAAUUGGUAUAUGUAUUUGAUCUGUGAUUGACUAAAUGUUUCAAUCCAGCUUUACACCCUUCAGCAGAGUCCCCUGUGACUGGCUUUCAAGAUCUGUUAGGAAACUG